AUGCGUGAAUGCAUCUCAGUUCAUGUGGGUCAGGCCGGUGUCCAGAUUGGAAACGCCUGUUGGGAACUCUACUGCCUGGAGCAUGGAAUCCAGCCGGAUGGUCAGAUGCCCAGUGAUAAGACCAUCGGUGGUGGUGACGACUCCUUCAACACCUUCUUCAGUGAAACUGGAGCCGGCAAACACGUGCCUAGGGCCGUCUUCAUCGAUUUGGAACCAACUGUAGUUGAUGAGGUACGAACCGGCACCUAUCGCCAGCUCUUUCACCCAGAGCAGCUCAUCACUGGUAAGGAAGACGCCGCCAACAAUUAUGCCCGUGGCCACUACACCAUAGGCAAGGAGAUUGUUGAUCUGGUGCUGGAUCGCGUUCGUAAGCUCGCCGAUCAGUGCACCGGUCUGCAGGGCUUCCUGCUCUUCCACUCCUUCGGAGGCGGUACUGGCUCCGGUUUCACCUCCCUUCUAAUGGAACGCCUCAGCGUUGACUACGGCAAGAAGUCCAAACUUGAAUUUGCCGUCUAUCCGGCUCCACAAAUCUCCACCGCCGUGGUCGAACCCUACAACUCCAUUCUGACCACGCAUACGACACUAGAACACUCUGACUGCGCCUUUAUGGUCGAUAACGAGGCCAUCUAUGAUAUUUGCAGACGCAACUUGGAUAUUGAACGCCCAACCUACACCAACCUUAAUCGCCUUAUUGGCCAGAUUGUCAGCUCCAUCACAGCAUCCCUGCGUUUCGAUGGUGCCCUGAACGUGGAUCUGACAGAGUUCCAGACCAAUCUGGUGCCCUACCCACGUAUUCAUUUUCCUCUGGCCACCUACGCGCCUGUCAUUUCCGCAGAAAAGGCCUACCACGAGCAGUUGACCGUGGCGGAAAUCACCAACGCCUGUUUCGAGCCGGCCAACCAGAUGGUCAAGUGUGACCCCCGUCACGGCAAGUACAUGGCCUGCUGCAUGCUCUACCGUGGUGAUGUGGUGCCCAAGGACGUGAACGCAGCCAUUGCUACCAUCAAAACCAAGCGGACCAUUCAGUUUGUCGACUGGUGUCCCACUGGUUUCAAGGUCGGCAUC